CAGGACAGUUUGGCCAAAAUGAAAGCCGUUUAUGCAAACUUGAUCUCUGACGCCUCAUGGUCGAACCUCGCUUUGGACAUCACCUGCUCUAGCACUAAUACAACUACCAGCAGUACCGCCGCAUCUCGAACCACGUCCAACAACACCGGUGUCAACUCGGGGUUGGCCUACGACUGGCACCAGGCAGCUUUGGCUAAAACCCUGCAGCAUACGCCGUAUCAGCUUCUUCCAGAACCAAGCCUCUUCAGUACCGUGCAGCUCUACAGGCAAAACAACAAGCUGUACGGACCAGUGUUCACAGGUGCCAGUAAGUUCAGGUGCAAGGACUGCAGCGCGGCCUAUGACACUCUAGUGGGUCUGACCAUCCACAUGAACGAGACAGGCCACUACCGCGACGACAAUAAAGACACAGAGGAUGAUAGGGGCAAGAAGUGGUCCAAGCCCCGCAAACGGUCUCUCCUGGAAAUGGAGGGAAAGGAAGAUGCCCAGAAGGUUCUUAAAUGCAUGUACUGCGGCCACUCGUUUGAGUCCCUGCAGGACCUCAGUGUCCACAUGAUCAAAACGAAACACUAUCAGAAAGUGCCUCUGAAAGAACCAAUGCCAGCACUCACCUCCAAGCUCGUCCCACCGACCAAAAAAAGAGCCUUUCAAGACUUGAUUUCGCCAACUUCUCCUGACCCCGUGUCUUCCAGUGUCCCACUCGGAGAGACCACCAAAGACCAGAGGAUGACCAAUCCCUACGUCACUCCCAACAACCGCUACGGUUACCAGAACGGCGCCAGUUACACAUGGCAGUUCGAGGCACGCAAGGCUCAAAUCCUCAAGUGCAUGGAGUGUGGCAGUUCACACGAUACCUUGCAACAACUCACAGCGCACAUGAUGGUCACGGGGCACUUUCUCAAAGUCACCAACUCGGCUUCUAAGAAGGGGAAGCAGCUCGUAUUUGAUCCCACUAGUGAAGAAAAAUUUCAGUCCAUUCCGUUGCCACCGACGACAACCAAGCUCCCGGCUUCCAACGGGAAGUCACAAGCUGACUCCCCUUUGCCGCCAGCUAGCCCCGAGGAGGAGAAUAAAGAUGGAGAGGAUGAAGAAGCAGAUGAAGAAGCUGCAAUGACAGUAGAACCAGAUAAAAAGAUUAAGGAAGAGAAGGAAGAUCCUCCUGAGAAGUCGGAUAAAGCCGAAAAGGCUAAGUCCUACCAGUAUCUCACAGAGGAAGACUUGGAGGAGGCGCCUAAAGGGGGACUGGACAUAUUGAAAUCGUUAGCAAAUACAGUUUCUAGCGCAAUCAGCAAGGCACAAACGGGCACGCCAACAUGGGGCGGUUACCCCAGUAUUCACGCUGCCUACCAGCUACAGAGUUCUCUCAAAUCCACUCUGCCUUCUUGCACGCAGGUUCAGCCUUUAUUCAGCAGUAACUCUAUUAAGAUUGUGCCCUCUGACAUGGCGCCCAGCAGCCCAUCGUCACCGCCGAGCAACAAAAAUAACGUGCAAGCCAUGGAGAAAUUGGUGGAGAAGGUAACUGGGAAAAGCUCAAUGAAGAUCGAAAAAGAAGAGAAGUUGAGGUCUGAGAAGUCGCCAUCGCCAGCGACGAACAAGCAGGUUUCCCCUAAUCCAGAUAAGACAGUCAUAGACAAAACUGAGUAUAAAGUCAAAGAAAGUAGAAAAGUUGCACAGAUCAAGGAAGAGGCAUCUUCACCCAAAAAGGUUGUUAAUGACAACUGCAACAACCUGAGCAUUAUCACCGACCACUCCUCUGAGCUGCCCCUCGUCAACCCCCUCAGUGCCCUGCAGUCCAUCAUGAACACUCACUUGGGCAAAGCUUCCAAGGUGACCGCACCCUUCAGCGACCCUUUUGCCGCACUCUACAAGCUCAACGGCAAGUCUUCUCAAAUGAAGCCAGUCGAGCCUGCGAUUGAGUACCAAAAUGAUGACCAGCCCAUGGAUUUGACCAAGUCAAGGAGCACUAACGGAGCCCCGGUGAGCUGUACCACACCAAACCGACAACUGGGAUCCAAAAGUGCAUCCCUUUCAUCCUCUCCACCACUCCGGGAGAAUGCUUUAAUGGACAUAUCGGACAUGGUGAAGAAUCUGACGGGCCGCUUGACGCCCAAGUCCACGACUCCAUCCUCAAUCUCGGACAAAUCCGACGUUGACGGAGGAACCUUUGAGGACAGUCUGGAGGAGCUCUCACCUAUCCAGAGGCGAAAGGGCCGACAGUCCAACUGGAACCCGCAGCACCUCCUGAUCCUUCAGGCGCAAUUCGUCUCAAGCCUGCGAGAAACCCCUGAGGGGAAAUUCGUCAUCAGUGACCUAGGACCCCAAGAGCGGGUGCACAUCUGCAAAUUCACUGGUCUCUCCAUGACCACCAUCUCGCAUUGGCUGGCCAAUGUGAAGUACCAGCUAAAGCGGACUGGUGGCACCAAGUUCCUCAAGAACAUGGACUCGGGCCAGCCGCUGUUUCUCUGCGGCGACUGCGCCUCACAGUUCAGAACUCCUUCCUCCUACAUCCGCCACUUGGAGUCCCACCUGGGCUUCACCCUGCAAGACCUCUCGAAGCUUUCCAUAGACUUCCUGGAGCAACAGGUUGUCGGCAGGACGGACGAAAAGACUCUGGUCCCGUCUGAGUUCAGGGAACACGACGACAGCGACAGCGGGUCGCUGAAUCAGUGCAAACUGUGCAGUCGGACCUUCGUGACCAAGCACGCCAUCAAACUGCACCUUUGCAAGACGCACGGCAAAUCCCCCGAGGACCACUUGAUUUUUGUCAAAGAUUUUGACAAGCAGUGA